AUAUUCACUGACUGUGCAUCGAAUCUGAGGAAUCGGGUCGCAUCUAUGGAUAUUUUAUGAUCUUAACUCUUCCGAAUUGAAUUGAUUGGCAAUUAAUAUAUAUCGCAGAAAUUGCAUGUCUUGAACAUCCCAAACAUCAUGACGCUUCUCCGUGUCCGCCCUGGCAAUCUGUGCAGGGCCCAUGAGUUGAUAUUGAAGAACUUUUCAAGCCCUGCAAUUUCUAUAAGGCCGGUUUCAUCCUCAUCACCAGCAUGGCCUUGGAAACAAGUUCCAAAGCACUCCAUGGAUUCAGGGGUCCCCAGUGCCUCCGACACCCAGCCGCCACUAGACGUCCUGGAAAUGGCCAGACAAGCCCAGACGGAUGUAUCGACUGGAAAUGGCGCUGACGGGGACAUAGAUACGAAGAUUAAACAUGUUCUAUCUAGUAUACCAGCGCACUCUAAUCAAGCAUUGUCAACCGAGGUCACGUCUUCUGACAAUGAGGUGCAGCUUGAGUCAGUCAGCAAGUCGAUACUAGACAAGAGCAAUUUAGAUGUUGAAGGAAACGUAACUGAUCUGUCUGGUUCUGCUAUCAAAAAGAUCAAAUCAUCUGAAGACGUGAGCUUUUACAAUUAUGUGCAUAUCAGACCAUUUAAGUAUCCUGCUUACUGGCUCAGGGACAAUUGUCAAUGUACCUCUUGCAUUCGUCCAGACACGAGGCAGCGGAUGGUUUCAAGCUUCUCGAUACCCAAAAAUAUCCAUGCAAAGUCAGUCUUUCAAGCGUCGCCGGGACAAAUCAACGUCAUAUGGUCUGAUGGACACAUGGGUGAGUACUCCAUGGCUUGGCUCGAUAGCCACCAGAUGCCCAGCGAGGUCACACACAGCAAUAAAGUCCUUACUUUCAGAAAUUUCAAACACCGACGCCAAGCCAAAUCCCACCCUUGGGUGAACUACGAAGAAGUCAUGAAUACGGGUCAAGGCCUCACUCUAUGGCUGCAAAAAGUCGUCGAUUGGGGUUACUGCUUGGUUAAAGGUGUUCCUGUCACCCCAGAGGCAACCAAACAGUUAUUGGAAAGAAUAGCCUUCAUCAGGGAGACACACUACGGUGGCUUCUGGGACUUCACAUCUGAUCUGACCUUCAAAGAUACAGCAUACACUACCGAAGCGCUCGGUGCACAUACAGAUAAUACAUACUUUUCAGACCCGGCAAGACUUCAACUCUUUCAUCUCCUAGAGCACACAGAAGGAGAAGGCGGCGAAACCCUAUUAGUUGACGGAUUCUACGCAGCGCAGCGCAUGCUGAUUGAAGCUCCUCACAAUGUAGAGGCAUUCACAGACUAUGCACAUCCCUGGCAUUCAAGCGGUAAUGAACAUAUCAGCAUACAACCAUAUGUAUAUUUCCCAGUGUUUGAGCGGGAUCCGACUACUGCAAGACUUAUGCGGAUUCGAUGGAAUAAUUACGAUCGUGCGGCGAAGAUCGAUUGGACGCCUUAUAUGGCAAUGUCUUGGUACAGUGCUGCACGGCAUUGGAAUGCAAUCCUCCUAAGAAAAGAUCAGACACAGAAAUGGCUGCAGCUUGAACCGGGGACGGCCAUACUCUUUGAUAAUUGGAGAAUGCUUCACGGCCGCUCUGAGUUCACCGGAAAGCGGAGAAUGUGUGGUGGUUACAUCAACAACGAUGACUUCCUCUCUCGCUACCGUCUGCUUAAAAACGGCAGGGAGAAUACGUUGAACCAGAUCGGUACAUACAAGACUCGCCUGAGUGUUUGAACUCCAACAAAACCCAGAACAUGGGCACAAUUGCCCAUAUCAGAUCCGCGUGUAUUUUACAUAUAUGUGUACAGCUGAGCUCAGAGUCUGUAUAGGUACGCUCUCUGGGCUGUUACUAGUACAUCAGACGCAAUUGAGACUUAUUGCAUUCUCAUCUUUUCGAUGUAUAUAUUUCCCACAAGGUAGAAAGACAUCCCUCAAAGCCUACUACGUUUAGUCGCAACCUUCAACAACGCCCGCCCGUUAGCCAAAACAGCCUUUCCAUUCUGAUUCUUCGUAGAGAACCGAAUAUCCUCAAAUCCGUCCUUGUCUACCUCUCCAGUCCUCCAGAUUUCAGUGGUAAGUUUAUCACCGGGGCGAACUGGAGAUGCAAACCGAGCCUGAAACUCUCGUAAGUUUUGGGGGUCGCUACCGCCGAGUUCCUUGAGAACUCCGUGCGCGGUGGCGUUCCAGCUGUAGAGACCGUGGAUGAUGAUGCCGCCGAACCCCAUUUUUGUGCCUGGUUCGGGAGUGGCGUGGAGAGGGUUAUAGUCACCGU